UGCUAACCUUACAUGUUCCCUGCAGGAUAUUACUUUUUUUUCUUGCAGUUCUUACUAUAUCAAUACCACAGGUUUACCCACCUUCCUAUCUAUAUCGCCCGACACACAACAAUGAUUAGAGCAAACCUCAGACUCCUUUCGAGAACAAGGAGACAAUUUCAUGUUGCUCAAUUAUGCAGAAUCGAUUUCCCACCCGCGGAAAAACGCGCGAGCGCGGCGCCAGAUACGGACGGAAUCAACUCUGUUUUGGACUCCAUAUUGAGCGAGAUCUCCCUGGAAAGGGCCGAGCACUUUCAGGAUGAUUUCACGGGUGAUUUCGCUGAGUUAAAGGAAGAUUUGAGGGCGAUUGAGAAUACAACGUUCAACUCCAGCGAGAUGAACUUGCUCAGCAAGACGGCGUACCGCGACACGGAAUUCGACAUAACUCUUGACGCCGACUCGCAUAAGCUGAGCCGCCAGUUUUCGGACGAUCUUUUCUUUAGCAAAGGAUUUGAUCCCCUGGAUACCCCUGUUGACAGUAUGUGGCUCGACCUGAAGGACCCGUUUGCCACGAACCAGUCUGCGAACCCAUUCUCUUUUGACCUGGACCCGCUCGCGGAUAACGAAAAGUCCUUCAAGGAGCGGGAGAUCUUCAACAGCAUCUUCAACGAUUUACUAAAGGAAGGCAAGGUGCCUGAAGUGAAACAGAGCGAAGAUAGAUGGCAGGCGGUGUUUGAUGGCGCCUCGUCGUCCAUCGGGGUGGUAAACCGCGAUAUCCGCAACUUCCCAGCGUCAGCCGGAUCCAAAUUUGUCGGCAGUGGCGACCGUAUCUACCAAGGCUACGACGAGAAGCUCCGGUCGGAGUUGCUCAAGAUGAAGCUUACGUUACUGAAAAGUUUGGCGCCGACUUUCAAAGCAAUGUCUAGGUUUGCCACCAGCGAUGCAUUGCUUGAAUUUAUGGAUAAGGCGAUUGUGCAGACAUUCUUGGAGGCCCCGAAAGCGGAAAAAUUACUCUUGGAUAAGUUGUUGAAGGAGAAUGAAAACCUCCAGAAAAAGGGUAAAACCAAGGUUAAGGAAGAUACGUCGAAGCAAACUUUUGAGCAAAUAAGAGCACAGAGCGCAGAGAACCCCACGUCUCCAUUGGUAAAUGAUCUCACGUUGCCUUUGUUGCUUACCCAUGGCCUCAAGACUCUUGGCUUCGUGUUCGACUCCGUUGACGAAGCCACAACUGUGUUCAACAAUUUAAAACAAAACUUGGAGUUGUACACAUACGGGGUAACUGCGGAGACCUACAACGAGAUGUUGAAAAUAAGCUGGAUGAAUUAUCGGUCGCUCUACAGCGUUGAGGAGCUAUUGAAGGAAAUGAUCAAUAACGGAAUUGACAUCAAUGAGGACGCUCACACUAUUGUAUUCCGUAUUUUGAUCGACAGCUACCGGCAGUUGAAGGGUGACCCCGCCAGCGGUAUCCGACCGGUCUGGUCGGAGGAGGAUGUCUCGCGGACGUACGCCAUCAGACAGCAUCUUGGGUAUCGUUAGAAGCAGUGUUUUGUAUAUAGUAGCUAAACAACGUUUAUCCAAUCCAUUAAUUUGAAAUUUGCAGAAAGGUUAAUUGACUAAUACACCGGAUGUAUAAGGUUGGU